AGAUCGUUCAUGCCUCGCAGGAACCUCGACUUGCCCGCAUAGUGGAGCCGGCGACUGCCAAUGCCAUGCUUGGCGGUAUGUAAGUGUUUAAUAUGGUAGGCAGCAAACACAGCAAAUACAGAUGGACCGAAUGCGCAACGCAAUGGCGGCGACAUCGCGGUUUCACCUCCCGUGUCGCUGGCGACGGAUAACCUACGUGAUGCCGCAAAGAUGAUUCCGCAUACAGUGGGCACCAGCCCAACAACAAUGAAAGCUGAUGGGAGAAAGCAGCCUCACGUUGACAGAGUCAGCCUGCGAGACCCGGACGAUGACACGGAAAGCUGGUUUGGAAGGCGGAUCAAGCGACCGUUUGAAGCUGUAUACCAAACAUACGUGCUCGAGCUACUUUUGCACAGAAGAGUGCUUCCGCCGUCCAAGGAUGGCCGACAUAUUCCCCUUCGAGCCUGUCGCAAAAGGCCGCUUGUUGACGAGCGCAGAGGCCAUGCCUACGUCGGAAACAAGAUCCGUACAUCGCGGUACACUAUGUGGGACUUCUUGCCCAAGCAGAUCGUCUUUCAGGCAACAAGACUUCAUAACUUCUACUUCAUAUGCAUGGGUAUCCCGCAAACCAUCCCUGGCAUCAGCACAACUGGCACGUAUACGAACAUUCUUCCUGUUCUCUUCUUCAUCGUAAUUACAAUUAUCAAGGAGGCGAUCGAUGACUACCGGCGCCAUCGUAUGGACAAGCUCGAAAACAACUCCGUGGCCACUGUUCUGCUCACCGGACACAGGACGGGACGUAGCGGCUGGCUGUCAAGCUUGACGGCAGGUCUGCGACAGCGCUUGCCUAAGCGGCAGCACUGCUCGAAUGACCUGGACGACACUGAGUGGGACAACGAUUUGAAGUGGGGAGAGAUCAAGUGGCAAGAGAUCAUAGUCGGCGACAUCAUCCAGCUGCAUCGAGACGACCCGGUCCCGGCUGACAUUGUGCUGCUCUACGCGCCAAAUGAAAACCGCGUGGCCUACGUGGAGACCAUGGCGCUUGACGGCGAAACUAAUUUGAAAAGUAGGCAAGCACCACACUGCCUGCACAAAUGCUCCACAAUCUCUGGCAUACGCCAAUGCCUCGCUGAAUUCGUUACGGAAGAUCCCAACCGGAACCUUCACGACUUCAAGGGCCGACUGACCGUGGACAACGUUACUACGCCACUCGGGUUGACUGAUGUUGUGUUCCGCGGCAGUGUACUUCGUAACACUACGUUCGCCAUUGGACUAGUGGUAAAUACGGGCGAGGACUGCAAGAUCCGUAUGAACGCCAACCAUCACCCAACCGCGAAGAAGCCUCGGCUUGAAAAGUAUGCGAACCGGGUCGUGCUCACACUCAUUCUAUACGUCGUCGUGCUCUCCAUCGGAACAAGCAUGGGCUAUGUUAUGUGGCAUCACAGUUUCGAAGUGCAAGCAUGGUAUCUGAACGACGCCUAUGUGCGAUUUGGAGACAUUUUCAUGGGUUUCUUGAUUAUGUUCAACAACAAUAUACCCCUGGCGAUGUAUGUGUCCCUAGAGAUUGUGAAGGUCGGGCAGAUGCUCAUGGUGCACUCGGACCUUGAGAUGUACGAUGAGUCCACCAAUACGCCCAUGGUCUGUAAUACGAAUACGAUACUAGAAAAUCUGGGUCAGGUGGGCUACGUUCUCACCGAUAAGACUGGCACGCUGACGGAAAAUGUCAUGCGCUUCCGCGGUAUGAGUGUGGGUGGGAUUGUUUUUCGACAUGGCGCGCAACUAGGUUCUGAAGCGGAGUGUAAUAGAUGUCCCAUCGUGGUGGACAGGGGACCAAGCGUUGUGCCUGGCGCAGAGCUCGACGAAGAGAAAACCGGUGCUAGGGUUACUAUUGAAAGCCGUCUUUCAUCACCUCUCGGUGGUUCAAGGCCCAAUGGCCCGAGGUUGUCAAUGCAGCGACACCAGUCUGAGGAGGAGCUUCGGAUUUUCAAUGAAGGCUCUAUAUCCACUAACGAGCUAGUUCGCCACGUUCGAAGCCAUUCAGCAGCCCCAAUCUCGCAGAAGGCGCAAGACUUCUUUCUGGCGAUGGCUUUGUGUCACACUGCGCUUCCCGAAACAGGCGCCGACGACUUCAUCAGCUUCCAGGCUUCGUCGCCAGAUGAACUUGCCUUGUUGGACGCCGCACGCGAUCUCGGCUACGUGUUGUCUCAACGCUCAUCUCAGACAGUCACGAUCAAAACGCGCGACAACGUUGGUGACUGGCAUCGCAAGGUCUACGAAAUGCUGGAAGUCAUCGAAUUCAGCAGCAAGCGCAAACGCAUGUCGGUUAUCGUUCGCUGUCCGGAUGGCCGCAUCCAACUGCUAUGCAAGGGCGCUGACAGCGUCCUUAUCCCUAAGCUGCACAAUGCCAGUCUGGCCAGCCGCAAGUCACACGACAUACGCAGAAGCACGCAAAUCGAACGCGAGAAGUUGCGGCGCGAUGAGGAGCUUACGCCAAGGAACAGUUUCGGCGGUCGACCCAGUGUUGCGCUGAGGAGACGCAACUCAAUGAUCAUCCAAUCUGCUCCCCACCUCGAGCUUAUGACGCUGAAGGCAUCAAAGCCCGGCAAUAGCAUCAAGAUACGGACGCAGCCGGUGACGCCGUCAGAGAAUGGCCGACACCUGAGUGCACUGGACGGUGUGGCAGUAGACGAUGACGCUGCAGUGUUCGCCCAGUGCUUCAGACAUCUUGACGAAUUCGCAACGCAAGGUCUUCGCACCUUGCUCUUCGCCAAGAGAGAUAUUUCGGAGAUGGAGUAUGCAACCUGGAAGAAGCUGUAUGUGGAAGCUUCGACAUCACUCGUGGACCGCCAGGAGCGCAUCGAAUCUGCCGCGGAAAUGAUUGAACAGGGUCUCAGCCUUUUGGGCGCCUCGGCAAUCGAGGACAAGUUGCAAAAGGAUGUACCGGAGACGAUUGAGAAGCUGCGCCGCGCGAACAUCAAGAUUUGGAUGCUGACGGGUGACAAGCGCGAGACGGCCAUCAACAUCGCGCACUCAGCGCUGAUAUGCAAGCCAUUGUCGGAGCUAUACAUUCUUGACAGCACCGCGGCAGAUCUGGCAGGUCAGUUAAGCGACCUUACCUACACCCUGCAAAAUGGCUGCCUACACAGUGUUAUCGUGAUAGACGGCCAUACACUCUCGAAUGUGGACGCCAGCCCCGAGUACAAGCACGCUUUCUACGCCCUGAUGCCACUGGUAGACUCUGUCAUCUGCUGCCGUGCCACUCCCGCGCAGAAGGCAGGCAUCGUCAAGUCGCUCCGCCUCCGGGUGCCGUCCGCGCUUACUUUGGCUAUCGGUGAUGGAGCAAACGACGUCGCCAUGAUCCAGACGUCUCAUGUCGGCGUGGGCAUUUCUGGUAGAGAAGGGCUUCAAGCGGCCAGAGUUGCCGAUUUUAGUAUAGGGCAAUUUCGCUUCUUGCAGAGGUUACUUCUCGUACAUGGCCGCUGGUCGUACAUGCGGACGGCGAAAUUCAUCCAGGCUACGUUUUGGAAAGAAUUCGUCUUCUACCUGCCACAGGCUCUCUAUCAGCGCCACAAUGGCUACAGCGGCACAAGCUUAUACGAGAACUGGAGUUUGACGGUGCUGAACACGCUCUUCACGUCCCUGUGCGUGAUUGUCCCGGCCAUAUUCGAACAGGAUCUGCGACCGGAGACGCUACUUGCGGUGCCCGAGUUGUACACUUUCGGCCAGCGAAACAAAGGCCUAAACCUUCGCGACCACAUACUCUGGAUGCUGGUGGCCACUGUGCAAGGUCUGCUGAUAUGGUUUGCAUCGUGGGCCGCCUACGGCAAAUUGAUGACUUAUGGCGAUAACGGCCUCUUCGCACUUGGCGAUCUUUGCUUCUCUCUGGGCAUCCAAUGGACCAACGUCAAGCUCUUGCUCGUAGACACUCACUACAAGAGUGCUAUAGUGUUCGUCUCUUUCAUCAUUACCAGCGGCGGCUGGUGGGCCUGGAAUGGCUUCAUGUCCGGUGUCUAUUCUGACAACAUCUCUCCUUAUGACGUCAAGGGAGGCUUCAGCGGUACCUUUGGAAGGGAUCCGAACUGGUGGCUGACGCUUAUCAUUGUUUUGGCCGCUCUGACAGGCAUGGAUGUGACGUACAAAGCAGUGCAGCAGAAUCUGCGCAUCGGCGCGUUUUGGCCGUUCUUCGGCAAGCAGAGGGGCAGAUGGCAUGGGCAGGACAUGUACGCCGAGAACUUAAGUACUUCUCUAUGGCAGGCUAUGGAGAAGACUGGCCGGGUCAAGCAAAGGUUGAGAGUACUUCGCGGAGACCAUGAGCUCAGAGAUGGCCUGGAUGAUAUUGAUGUGACAUAAGCAGGCCUUUCACGAAGGCCAUCUACACACAAUAGUGCUAUGCCUUAUGCAUAGCAAUGCAAUGCCACCCUUUUCGCUUGCUGUCUCCCGCCUUCCUAAAGGGUGCCGUUCCAAAGGCAGUCGACGUUCGUGCAUGUUUCAUCAGUCAGCCAGUGACUGCAGAGUUAACACGUCGCUCUAGCGCC